AUGGAUUCAACACAAAAAAACUCACUAGUUUCCCACUUUAGCCAUCCACAUCUUUUGCAACACACCACAACACCCUCUACAAAAAACACAACCUGCUUUGGUUGCAACCAAACAAUCACACAUGAACAACAUUACUACAUCUGCAAAACAUGUCCUUUCUAUCUUCACAACCUUUGUUACAAAACACCCUUAAUCACAAACCACCCUUCACAUCCAAAUCACGAUCUCUUCCUCCUCGUCAUACCUUCAUCUUCAUCGCCUGCUACAAAAUCCACCUUUAACUGCAUGGCAUGUAAGCAACACGCCACUGGUUUCUGCUAUCACUGUGCCGAAUGCAACAUCUUCUUUCAUUCUAUAUGUAUCACACUUCCUCUCUCACUUUCAAUCACGCAACAUCCACACAAAAUAAAGCUUGAGUUUUCUCCGCCUUAUGAUUUCUUUUGUGAUCUGUGCGAUAAACCUAGUUAUAAAGGGUGGCUCUAUAGGUGCAACAUGUGUGAAUUUGAUAUACAUAUAGCUUGUGCAAUCAAGAAUAUCGGUGCCGGAGUUAGAACUGAUAGUGCAGUUUCUGGAUGGAAUAAGAAGUUGUUUAGUCCAUUGAAAAAACAAAGCACAAGCAAUGGAAAAAAAACUAUGAUGGAACUUGGACUACAAGAAACAGAACUAAUUACAAGUACUCGUUCCGUUUCUUUUGAAAUUUUGGAAGGGAUAACUCCGCUUCGCGAUAAAAUGACUCCUCUUUCUGAUGAUACAAGUCCACCAUUAUCAAGUAACCAAUUUAGUGACUCGUAUUUUUCAAUAGAUUUGAAUAAGUCUUUUUCGACAAAUCAUGAUCGUAGGGGUCAGGUACGAAAAGAAGUUAAUAAUGAUUAUAUUAACCGAAGUGUUGUAACGAGCAAUUCAACGCAAGGUGAAGACGAAACGAACAGUGUAGUUAAUUAUUGGCUAAAAAAUCUUUCGCACAAGGAUAAGGUGAAUAAUGCAACAUUUUUUAAAGGAGGUAGUGGUUCUGAAGAUUCAAGUCAAAAAGGGUUGGUGAAAAAUCCUAAAGAAAGAUUGGCUAAGUGGUCUGUUAAAGAUCAAACUACUAGCAAAACCAAGUCGGAAAAUAACAGCCAUUCAGGUUGGAGGAAGUUGCUAUCUUGUUGCCUUUAG